AUGUCUUUGCAAAUGGACAAAAUUUAUGUUAAAGUACAUGAAUUGAAAUUUGUAAAUAAUUUGGAAAGAAAUUCACAUUAUGUAAAAAUAUAUUGGGAUGAUAAAAAAUAUAAAAGUCAGACAAAAGAUGGAGGAUGCUAUAUAUUUAACGAAACUUUUUUAAUACCAAUUACAAAUAUAUAUGAUCAAAAAGACCAAAUUAUUUAUGUCGAAAUAUGGGAAAGUAACUUAUUAAAUAAACAAUGUGCCUAUACAUUUUUCACAUUAAAUAGUAUAAAAAUAGGACAAAUAAUAAAAGAAAAUAUAACUUUUAUUGAGGUUUUAAAAAAAUGUACCUUAGGAUUAUCAAUUAAUAUUGUUAGAAAUCAAAAAGAUAUAUUAUUUUUUAAUAUUAAAGAAUUGUUACCCACAUUUCAAGAUCAGGAAAUAAUAAAUGCUGUUUGGAAAAAUGAAGAUGAAGCAUCAAUUAUAAAACAAUUAAUUAAUUUAAAUACAAUUGAUGGAAUUACAAAUAUAGGAAAUUACAAAAAUAGUCAAAAUUAUAAUGAAACUUUACAGAAACCAAAGGAAAAUAUUUCCAUAUAUAAAAGUGGCGAAGAAAUUGAAAACAGUUAUAUUCCAAGUUCGACACCAGAAUAUGUGAGUCACUAUAUAUAUAAAGGCGCAGGCGAAAAUAGUUCUAAUUAUAUAAAUAAAACAAAGGAUACUUUAUUUCCUACUUAUUUAAAUAAUUAUGCAUACAAUAAUAAUAUAAAAAACGUUUAUGACACACCAAAUGGUGCACACUAUAGUAGUAAUAAUAAUAGUGGUAGUAAUAAUGCUUACUCAAAUUUUGAUCAUAAUAUUAAUAAUAGUCCAAAAAAUAAUGUGCCUUUUUCAAAUUCUGAUAAUGAUAAAAUUUUCCAUUAUUCAAGAAAUUAUAUGCCAUCUCCAAACUCAGAAAAAAUGUUAUAUUUUUCUUGUGGAAAUAAAAAAAAAGCUUUGUUAAUUGGAAUAGAUUAUUGUGGUACACAAAAUGAGUUAAAGGGGAGUAUUAAUGAUGCAAUAAUAACAAACGAGCUGUUAAUAAAAAAAUAUAAUUUUUAUGAUUCAUCGAUGAAUAUAUUAAAACUAAUAGAUAAUCAAACAAAUCCAAAUUAUAGACCAACAAAAAGAAAUAUAUUAUCAGCAUUAGAAUGGCUAGUUCAAGAUAAUAAUCCUGGGGAUAUAUUUUUUUUUUUUUAUUCAGGCCAUAGUUAUAAAAAAUAUGAUUAUACAUGUAUAGAAAAAGGUGGAUAUAAUCAAACAAUAGUACCUUGUGAUUUUAAAACAGAAGGAGAAAUAAUUGAUAACGAUUUACAUAAAUAUUUAAUACAGCCAUUAAAAGAUGGAGUUAAAUUAGUAUCAUUUAUAGAUUGUCCUAACUCAGAAGGAAUAUUAAAUUUAGGAUAUAAAUAUAAAUUAAAAAAGGAAAAAUGGAAAGAAACAUAUAAUCCAUUUCAUGUUCUUGCCGAUGUUACACAGUUCAGCUAUUCAAAAAUUAACGAAUUUCCAACAGAAAUAAAUUUGUUAGAACAUGUACUAAUUACAAAUAAUAUCGAAGCACUUACUUAUCAUUAUAUGAUUCAGUCUAUCCAUUCAUAUAUAAAUUUGUAUAAUAAAAAAAAAAAAAAAAAAAUAUUUUUAAUGUCUUCACAAAAAUUUAACAUAGAUAGAAAAUUCGAUUUUAACCAUAUUCUUAAAAAUUCAAAUUCGGAGUUGGGUCAACAAAAAAAUAUAAUAAAAUGGAAAAAAAACAAAAAAAAAUAA